GGUCCGUACAAUACAGAGCCUCGUGAGAUACAAAGAUUUGUUGGCUGCGCGAGUACGGUAUUGGUUCCGGACUGAUCAAGUAGGUCACGCCUAGGCCUUUCGAAUGCUUCCUAUGAUAUCCUUCCAGCUCUGGUACACACCGCCAUCCUGUGAAAACCAAGUUUCUUUGUUCGUAGGCCGAACACUCCACGGUGUCAAUAAGUCACAGUACUUCCUCCGGCUCAGCGCGUCAACGGUGAAGUGAGAGAGCACGACACGAUCAAGACCGAAGUUACGUGACAAGACCACGUGAAUACCACUUACAGUAGUCCACCUUUCUGUCUCCCUCCCUUUCCCUCUCCCCUCGCUCCCCUUCUCGCUUUUCCUCUUUCUCUCCCCCCCCCCCUUCCACUCGCUUUCUCUCUCACGGCUGAUUCUGACAAAACCGCUUCGUCAGCAGUUACCGCACGUCAUAGAUAAGGUACAUCUACCACAGCUUAUUCUCCCUUCCUUCUCUCUCCCUCGUACCCUCCUGCCUCCUCUCCCACUAUCCAUCUUUCUCGUCAUUCCAUAAACGGAACCCCCACCGCUCGAGCAUUCAGCCACACACAGAGCAACACCAGAGCCCCGGAAAAGAGGGCGAGCUGACAUUACUCUAACUCACCCAACACCUCCCUACCAGCUGCCCCCCACUACCACAACUGCCAAUACACACCCCGCCCCCGCCCCUCCCCGCUCAACGGGUUAAAAGGCCACCGAACCGGAAACUCAAGAUGGGUCUCUCUUACAACGUCUACCUCAACUCUAGCCGUAUUUACGGAUGCAAAAACUGCAAAACUCACUUGUCUAAUCAUGAAGACAUCCUGUCCCGCGUACACGCCUCCCCUCCCUCUCUUCUGCUCCUUUUUAGUUUCUCUCAACGGUAGUGGGUCUAGUGGCCGGUUUGCUAACGCGGGGUGGAAAUAAUUUUCCAGAACUUCCGUGGCCAACAUGGAAAAGCCUACCUCUUCAAUGCCGUCGUCAACAUUAGCGAAGCCGAACCCGUUGAGCGCAACAUGACUACCGGCCGUCAUGUCGUUCGCGACAUCUCUUGUCGCCAGUGCAAUGAAAUUGUCGGCUGGAAGUACGAUAAAGCCUAUGAGGCGUCGGAGGGUUACAAGGAAGGAAAGUUCAUUCUUGAGGCCGAGUUGCUUGUUAAUGUUCGUUAAAGUUCAAGUUUUGUGGGUCUGCAGUUUUCGGAUGGAGGUGGAAAUGUAUUAGGGCUAUGGGUAUGGUGUUUUGAUUCUUUUCUUUCCUUUAUUUUUUUAAGAUUCUUUUUUCUCCCUCUCCAGCUUUUCCUCUCGCGUCUCGGGUUGUCUUGGGUUUGAAGUCUGUCAAUUUUCGCUUUUCCUCUCUUUCAAGUGAGAGGCUCACUUUGUGGCUGUUCCAUUGUCUGAUUUCGUAGCUUUCUAUUUGUGUUCUACUCAUGAUUGGAGUUCUUUCCGGCUGGUAUUUUUUGUUUCUGUCCAUUUACAGCAUUUCUAUGGGUUUUCUUUUAUCUUUUCGUUUUCGCUACUAAAUUCCCUCUUCUCGGUCUUUUUUCUUCCACCUAUACCCCCCCUCUCCUACCAUGUAUAACGGGCAGAUAGGGAGAGGAGGGGGCAAAACAGAAUUCUGGUCGUCUAGCCUUAAUUUCUCAUUUUCGUUUCCUCACUCCACUUUUCAAAAAUAACCCCCUUCAACCACUCUUCACCUGUUGAUAUCAGUAUGCAUUGCAAUGAGAGUUGUUGGUUUCGGAAUGAAAGAAAACGGGGGGGGGGCUAGAGGAGGAGGGAAGGGAGGAGAAUACGGUGGUGGUAUUUACGAUACUCCAUCAAGGCGAAUCGUGUCCUUAAGCGGCACUGACACGUGUGACGGGGGAAGGGUCCUGCUCCGUUCCGAUGCGGGGUAGGCAUGAUGGGCACGAUAUGAUACACUGAUAAUCGAAGUGGCGGGAGGCGGGGCUGCUUGCUUAUCCACCGUAUCCAUCAUAUCAAUCUAUCGUAUCAAAAACUCGCUCCUCGUCGCGGUGGGGGUUUAGUUUGUUUUUGCUCUUAUAUUCAUUUCUCGAUGCUACCCUGUGCUACUGUAUCGCCCGGAUUGUUAGUUUCACUUCCUCCCGUACAAUUUGCGACACAAGUGACGGUAUUUGUCUAGCUUUGUACGCGAGAGCUGAGUUUCCAGAAGUUGGUUGGAUGAGCUGCGUGAGAAAUCAAGGAGGGGUAGAAAUCGAGUGAUCUCUUGUGAUCAGGAAAGGCACUGAGGUUGGUGGGGUUGGGGUGCUUUGUAGGGAGGGAGGUGAUGUGGUGUAUCUACCUGUCAUGUGUGUGUUUUUUUGGUGGGUUCGGGCUGAUGCAUAUUAACUAUAAAAAUGCUCGGAACGAUGGCUUUGUGAGUGUCUGUCGACUAGCUCGUUGAUGGCCGGAUUGCUAUUGACUAUCCAUCAUGUCUAUCCACCGUAUCCUCACCGUAUUACUGAGAAGAGGAUUCACAUUACCGGUAGCGAACUUUACUCAUUUGUUUGGCGUGUUCUGGUGGUAACGUGCUGUGUCCAACUCAGUGCACCUCGCCUUCCACGGCUAGUCUAGCUAGCUAUCCAGUCCUUGAGCGAGCGUCGGAAACGUGGGUUGGCCCAGGGGUGGCCGUGCAGUAUAUACCGGCACCGGAGGUCACGUGGGUUGUAUGAGUGAAAAUAGACCCAGAAAGGGAUUUCUUUUCUCCAUUCCUCAAGUUCCCGUAACGCGGUGCCGGGGCAUGGAGAGCGCGACGGUAUAGUGCACAGCAUUCGAGGAGUAGGUAGGCAGCAGAAGAGAGGCCAAACGAAUGAACAAGAGUCACUGGAGAUCACUCGAAUUUAGGUAAGUUUACAGCAAGCAGCAGCAAGAGCAAUGCUCGACGAUUCUCUUUUAAAAAAAAAAAAAAAUCUCUGAAACGGGAGUCACGUAGCCGGUGUUCCGUGAAGUUAUAGCGUAUCAAUCAUACCAUAAGUGAAAGAUCGUUUAUUUGUAUAUAUAUAUCUGGUUUCUGGGGGAUUUGGGAUACGCCGAGUACAGUACAGUGUUUAAUUAAUAGGUUCUCUCUUGUAUCGUACAUGAACGACGAUAGUCGGAUAAUGUGGUUGAGAAAAACGGACCUAAGGCGUUUGGCGAUGGAGUUAUGUGGCUAGGGUUCUAUGAAAGUUUUUACAUAUAUACAUCUGAAUUUAAGGAGGGAAACAAAAGGGUUGUAUAGAAGCAGUAAGCUAUAUAGUGCGAUAUUAUAAAGUAUGGCAGAAAGAGGUUUGUGUGUGCGAGGGAGGGCGAACGGUUAAGAAUGCACCUAGAUGUCAAAUCGAGUGAUAUAUGAUGAUUGAAUACUGGGAGGUUUUGUGAAAGGACCUGGAGGGGUAAGAAGUGCCCAACAGGGGACGAGUUUAUCUGACACUAGGGUAAGAAUGGUGAAGGUUCCUGCAUGUAUGGUGGUGGUGUGCGGUAGAUUUUUUGUUUACCUCAGACUAAUAGAAAAUAUCGAGUAUGAUAAUUAUGAAUUAAUUUAAUUAUUGCUAUAUUAUAGUUCAACUGUUUAUAUCAUAAUAGGUAAUAACUAUGUCUUUUUUUU